AGAAAAGAAGGAAAUUGGUUUCCAAUGUUCCCAUUCCCAAUAUAUGCCCUUGUCAAGCUUGUGGUGUUUGCUUUAAAGGAAGACAUAGUUUGGUACGCCAUGAAUCUAAGGUUCACAAAAUUCCACUACCAAAGGAUUUUCACAGAUAUCAAUGCAAACGCUGUAGUUAUUGGGAUAUAACGUUCGCUAAUGUCAGAACACACGAAAGUCAACAUGAAAAGCUGAGAACUAAGCUAUACUCAUGUGAAAUGUGUGGAAAGAAAUUUACCAGUUUCUUUUCCAAGGAAGUUCAUUACAGAACAUAUCAUGAAGGGAAGGGGUACAAAUGUGAACAUUGCGAUAAACUGCUACGAAGGAAAGGUAGUCUAAUUCGACAUACUAGAAUCAUGCACACGCAUAAGAACACCAAAAAAUACCAAUGCCAUUUAUGUGAAUACUGCUCCAAUGUUAAAGGAAACUUACACCUUCAUCUUAGAAAUAAACAUAAACUUAAAGUGGCCACCCUUGGGGGAAAUUUAAGUGUACGUAGUGAGCAACCGAAGGAUGCAGUUAUAGUAACCAAUGAAGGAAAUGUUGUACCAUAUGUUCCAGAACUUUCGGAAGACCUACAUGGCCAGAGCUAAAUGCCAAUGACUCCUGAUGGAUAGAUUUCUGAAUGAAGAUGUCUAAUAGACUUUGAAACAAUCUUUCUUUUUUGUAUAUAAUACAGUUUGGAAAGAUGUUGUUCUUAAUGUUUGAAGACCAAGUUCAUCCUGGUAAAAGGGACCUAGCUGCUAUACUAGCCUUCCAAUGCAAUGCCUUUAAAGUGUGGUUGGCCAAACUAGGCCUUAUGUUUAGGUUUGAAAAAUUGUGAUGUUUUGCGAUUGUGAUUGUAAAAGGAAAAAUGACAUUAAAGAUGAUAAUUAUUGGUUUUUAAUGGUCUGAUUAACGUGUUGUUAAGCCCCAGUCACAUUUGCUCUACGGCGGUCGUAUCUUCACAAAACCGAUAUACAUGAUAUAC